GCCCCCGGGGAGCGGAGGGGCAGGCUAGGGCAGCUCCCCAGCUCCCCGCGUGAUAAAACUUGAGAAAUAACCAGGAGGGGCGGCUCGGCGUCUCCUGGGUCCAAUCCCGUCUCAGGAGCGAACACGCUCCCGGGCAGGCGAGCCUGACAGAGGCCAAGGAGACUUAAAGAGGAGUGGCAGCGAGGCACGCCCGCACCGCGCGCGCCGCUGCACCUCCGUGGGCUCUCGCCUCUGGCCUCCCGCCCGGCGCCCGCCUUCCCCCUUCCCGCCCUGCGCCCCUAUGGCCACCGCCGAGCCUCGGAUCCCCCUGCGCGGAGCCCUCUGCAGGCUGCUGCUGACCCUCGCGGUCUUCAGUUUUGCUUGUGAGGGCUGUGAAAAGGUGACAUUUAACAUACCUUCCGAACUAGAGGCAGACAAAAUAGUCGGCAGAGUUAAUUUGAAAGAGUGCCUCAGGUCUGCAGACCUUAUCCAGUCGGGUGACCCUGACUUCAGAGUUCUGGAUGACGGCUCAGUAUACACAGCCAGCAAUGUGGUGUUGUCUGAUGAGAACAGAUCAUUCACCAUAUGGCUUUCUGACACCAAGACCCAGACACAGAAGAAGAUUAAGGUGCUCCUGGAACAUCAGAAGAAGGUACUGAGGAAAAGAGAUACUAAAGAAGCCAUUCUCAGGCGUUCCAAGAGGAGAUGGGCCCCUAUUCCCUGCUCAAUGCAAGAGAAUUCGCUGGGCCCGUUCCCUUUGUUUCUUCAACAAGUUCAGUCUGAUGCAGCACAGAACUAUACCAUCUUCUACUCAAUAAGUGGGCGUGGAGUUGACCAAGAACCUUUGAAUUUGUUUUUCAUAGAAAAAGACACUGGAAAUCUGUAUUGUACCCGGCCUGUGGAUCGUGAAGAAUACGAUGUUUUUGAUUUAAUUGCCUAUGCCUCGACCGCAGAUGGGUAUUCAGCAGACUUACCUCUUCCACUGCCCAUCAGGGUGGAGGAUGAAAAUGAUAAUCACCCUAUUUUCACAGAAGCUAUUUAUAAUUUUGAAAUUCCAGAAAGUAGCAGAGUUGGUACUACCGUGGGAGUGGUUUGUGCCACAGACAGAGAUGAACCAGACACGAUGCACACACGCCUGAAGUAUAGCAUUUUGGAGCAGACCCCGAGGUCCCCUGGGAUCUUCGCUGUGCAUCCCAGCACAGGUGUCAUCACCAUAACCUCUCAUUAUUUGGACAGAGAGUCUGUAGAAAAGUACUCACUGACAAUGAAAGUACAAGACAUGGAUGGUCAGUUUUUUGGAUUGAUGAGUACAUCAACUUGUAUGAUCACAGUAAAAGAUUCAAAUGACAACGCACCUACUUUCAAACAAAAUACUUACGAAGCAUCAGUAGAGGAAAACGCAUACAAUGUGGAGAUCUUACGAAUACCUGUAGAAGAUAAGGAUUUAAUUAACACUGCCAAUUGGAGAGCCAAUUUUACCAUUUUGAAGGGCAAUGAAAACGGACAUUUCAAAAUCAGCACAGACAAAGAAACUAAUGAAGGUGUUUUGUGGGUUGUAAAGCCGCUGAAUUAUGAAGAAAACCACCAAGUGAUCCUGGAAAUUGGAGCAAACAAUGAAGCUCCGUUUACUAGAGAUGUUGCACUCAGAGUGGCAACCAUGAACCGAGCCUUGGUCACAGUUCACGUGAGGGAUCAGGAUGAAGGGCCUGAAUGCAGCCCCGCAGCCCAAUAUGUACGGAUUAAAGAAAACUCAGCAUUGGGGUCAAAGGUCAAUGGCUAUAAGGCGUAUGACCCUGAAACUAGAAGUAGCAAUGGCUUAAGGUACAAAAAAUUGCAUGAUCCUAAAGGAUGGAUCACCGUGAAUGAGAUUUCGGGGUCAAUCACAACCUCCAAAAUCCUGGACCGGGAGGCCAUGACUCCCAGAAAUGACUUAUAUAAUAUUACAGUCCUGGCAAUAGACCAAGAUGGUAGAUCGUGUACUGGAACACUCGUGGUUAACAUUGAAGAUAUGAAUGAUAACCCACCAGAAAUACUUCAAAGUUACCUAACAGUUUGCAAACCAAAGAUGAAGUAUACUGACAUUUCAGCUGUCGAUCCUGAUGAACCUAUCCAUGGUGCUCCAUUUUAUUUCAGCUUGGCAAACACUUCUCCAGAAAUGAACAGAAUAUGGACCCUCACCAAAGUCAAUGAUACAGCUGCCCGUCUUUCAUAUCAGAAAAAUGCUGAAUUUCAGGAAUAUAGUGUUCCUAUUACUGUAAAAGAUAGAGAAGGUCAAUCUACAACAAAAACCCUGAGAAUUAAUCUGUGUGAUUGUACUCAUCCAAGUCAAUGUCUGGCAGCUCGAAGGAGUGCGGGAGUAAUACUUGGAAAAUGGGCGAUCCUGGCCAUCCUACUGGGUAUAGCACUACUGUUUUCUGUAUUGCUAACUUUGGUAUGUGGAGUUGUUGGUGCCAAAAAAAAAAAAGGUUUUCCUGAAGAUUUAGCACAACAAAACUUGAUUAUAUCAAACACAGAAGCACCUGGAGAUGAUAAGGUGUGUUCUGGCAAUGGGUUUAUGACGCAGACAGUCAACAACUCUGGCCAAGGCUUUUGCAGUACCAUGGGAUCAGGAGUGAAAAAUGGAGGGCAGGAGACCAUUGAGAUGGUGAAAGGCGGACACCAGACCCUGGAAUCAUGCCGGGGGACCGGGCACCAUCACACCCUGGAUUCCUGCAGGGGAGGACCCGCGGAAGUGGACAACUGCAGAUACACCUACUCCGAGUGGCAUAAUUUCACUCAGCCCCGUCUUGGUGAAAAAUUGCAUCUGUGUAACCAGAAUGAAGACCACAUGCCAUCUCAAGAUUAUGUCCUUACAUACACCUAUGAAGGAAGAGGGUCCCCAGCUGGUUCUGUAGGUUGCUGCAGUGAAAAACAGGAAGAAGAUGGCCUUGACUUUUUAAAUAAUUUGGGAGCCAAAUUUACUACAUUAGCAGAGACAUGCACAAAGAGAUAAUGUUAAAAUGCUACAAUUAGACAUGUAUUUGCCAGACAUUUUGGAAGUUUCCAAAAGGAAAGGGAUGUUGUAAAGUUCAAUUGCAAUUUCUAAUACAUAUAUGAAUGUAUAUUAGAAUUUCAAUUUCUAAUAUAUAUAAAGAUAGAUAUAUAGAUAUAUUUUUAAUAUAUCUAUACAUUAGAAAAAAUAUAUAAUUUUUCUAAAUUUUGGAACUGUACUAUUUACCAAUCUGUAUUUUUAUAGCAAUUGGUGCUUAUGUUUUCCAAGGAGUGUGAAAUGUUAAAAUGUGUUUCGUCUUCUUUACUGCCAAGUAAAUAGACAGCUAGAAAAUCUCAUGCUGUAUCAUUGGAAUUAAGGUCUAUAAAGGACCUGCUAUUCUUUAUAGAUAUUUUACCAGUAAAUGUGUUGAGUUAAUAUUAGUCCAGUGAUAACUAAGCUGUAUUUGAUUGAAUAUAGAAUAGCUAUCUGGGUUAGAAAUUCUGUUCUUGUUCCAGAUUUAGAUUUAAGUGGAUUAAGAUUAUUAAAUCAAACAUUGUGUUAAAUUAUAUUGCAUUUUUUACCUCUUUAAAAAAUCAGUACCACUGAGUUGGUAGCUCCAAAGAUACUAGAAUUUCGUUUUCCUUCUGGUUAGCAUUUAGAUCAUGAAGAACAGUUCUGUCUACUUGAUUGCCCUAAUAAGGUUUUAAAAAAUACAUAGCUACGGUCUUAAACUACACGAGCAAAGUGUAGACCAAAAAAUUGUGUUGUUUUUUUGCUUUUGAAUGUGUGCUUUAUGGUUUGCAAAAGGAUUAUUAUGAGGAAUAUAUCUAAGUUUCCUUAUUCUCAAGAAACGGAACUAUAUUCACUAUACAGAGAGUUACUGUCGGUAUUUUAAUGAAAAAUACCAAAGAUCUAUUGAGAUUGUAAUCACAAGUCUUGACAUCUUUUUCCCUGAGAUGCAGGACUACUAUUGAUAACUUGCAGUAAUGAAAAUUAUGCUGAGAAAAAGUUUCUUUUCUUCUUUUUGAUAUUGUACUUGCAUAUUUUUAUUUGCAGGCUUAGCACAUAAUGGCUUUUUAUUUUCUUUCAAUAGUAAUUAUUUGCAAUUAGAGUAUGUUAUCGUUAGAUGGAUUGUGUCAUGCCACAUAUUCUGAAGAAACCAAAUCCUGUCAUAGUUAUGAGCAGCAAUGAGGGAUGAGUGUGCAUUUCCAUUCACUAUCAUUUUCAUACAAAUUACUCCUUGUUAAGGCAGAUAUGUAUUUUAAUAUGCUGUAGAGAAUCAAAAGAACCCCUGGGUGCAAUUUAAUAUCUUCCAAAACGUUGCUUAAAAUUUAGUACUUUUCACAUUUGUUCAUGUGAUAGAGCCCCUGGAAGGACUUGUAAAAUGCCCCUAAGCAAUGGUGUUUAAACUUAAAAUAAUUAACACCUAAUCUUAUGAUAAAUCUAGUAUCACAUUAUUGUGUACUCACUUCAAGUGUUAGUUUAAAAAUUAGACAAGAAAUUUUAGCUAUCACCAGUUGAAGAAAAUUUUGGAAGAGAAGACGAAAUUAACUUAAAAAUUUUGCAGCUUUUUGGGAUUUACCCAAAGAAUUGGGACUUACUCCCCGACCAUGCCCCCAAAGUUAUUUAUUUGACUUUGAGGCAGAAUUUGUGAGGUGGCCCAUGUAGUGGCAAUUUUCAGUAUGAAUAUAAGCUUAACUGACUUUCUCUUAUAUAUAUAUAUAUAGAGAGAGAGAGAGAGAGAAGAGAGACCGUGGUAUCCCCCACUUUUCAAAAGUUUGUGUUUCACAAAAGACCUACAUUAAUACCUGUUUUUGCGAACCUAAAGAUACCUGAAGAUUUUUGCUUAUAAGAAAAAAGGCAAAAAGCGAAAAUAGCAUUUAGCGCUUGCCUUGCUGCAAGGUUACAGAGGCCGCGUGCCCUGGAGCAGCGUGAGUGGCCCCUCCAAGCUCUUUCCCUGGAAACUGCUCUCCUCUUGUCCGCAUCCAGCUGCCAGAGCUUUGAGUGGUGUCUGCCAGCAUCUGUGCUUUAUCUCCAUUUAUUUUGUGCAUCCCUUAGCAAGAUAUGUCCUAAGGUACCAGAAAAGCCAGAGAGAGGUUAAUUUUUGGGUCUGGAAACACUAAAAAAUUUUCCAUAUAAAUGAAUGGUAAUUGCUUCUUUGCUUUAUGCCAUUUCGACUUAACGGAAGUUUUCAUAGGAAUGCUAUAAAGAUAAACACACACACACAUAUAAAUAUAUGCUUAUAUAAAACUAUUAGCCAAUGCCGUGUUUAAAAUAAAAUGAAAACCAAAGGGAAGGAUGAUAAUAUAAGGCUGGGGCUGUCCUGCAAUAGGAAUCCAGGGUUUUUAAAAAGAGAGAGCCUCUUAUACUUAGGUCUUCUGUGCUGCAGAGCUGAGCAUGUCAGGAAAUAGCUCAUGUACAUUUGUGUAAUCUCUUUAAAAUUGUAUGCAGCUAGGGCGCCUGAGUGGCUCAGAUGGUUAAGCGUCUGCCUUCGGCUCAGGUCAUGAUCCCAGGGUCCUGGGAUCGAGUCCUGCAUCAGGCUCCCUGCUCCUUGGGAGCCUGCUUCUCCCUCUGCUUCUCUCUCUCUCUGUCUCUCUGUCUCUCAUGAAUAAAUAAAUAAAUAAAAUCUUUAAAAAAAAAUUGUAUGCAGCUAAUUAAGCGUCUCUGGUUUCAGGGGAAAGGAAAGAGGAAACUAGGUGGAACAGUAACUUUGCUUCGCAGUUUCACUCUGCAUGACCAAAUGAGGAGCAAACUGGCAAAGGCUGUUACAGCUAGGGCUGCCUGACUCCCAGUGGUGAGGUUCCAGAGAUGAAAUGCUUUUCUUGGAGCUAAUACUGAAAGCUUUUUUAAACUCAAUUCUGGUAAAAGGAUUCUAUCACCAUUUUCUUUUUCUCUCCUAUCUACUGGCAUUUUUAAAGUUUAGAGCCAAAUAACCAUAUUCUGUUGGUCAGAUUUCAGGGGAUAAAGGGAGCUGGGGUGCGAGCACAAAUCUUACUGAAGGGACUGAGUGCUGCAUGACUGUCUUAAGGCUCAUUGCCAUUUGCUGUGUUCUAAUUUAAGCCUGGAAAUGAUAAAAUACCACUUCCCUAACUCACUACCCUGGUUUCAACUGGCAUUGGUGUGAUUCAAAGAAAUCCAGCCCUCCCAUCAGUCCCCUUUCUCUAAUCUCUCUCCCAAUAUUGUCAAUAACACUUAGGUGGCAAAUGCUCCAGGCUGUCAAUCACCUUUUAGUAUGAAUUAAUUUUUAUGCGAUUGCGUUCUUACAAGGAUUUUUCAAGUAACAGAAGAAAUAGGAAUUUUGAAUACAGGAAAGAAAAAGACUGAGUCGUCAUUUGGAAACACGGGACUUAAGGAGAGUGUGGGCCUAAGUACGGUAUUUGGACAGACAGCAACAUGAAAAUCCAGGCCUUCAAGGGCAAGGAGAGAAGCCAACAAAGGGACAGGAGUGGUAGUAAAGACAAUAUUGUUUGCUACUUAAAUUUUCCUAGGCCAGGCCCUCCUUUUCCUUCUUUCCUCGGGCCAAUGGCAGCUCCCAUUUGAUUUUGGUGAAAUAUCACCCACCCUUUCUCCAUGCCUCACCUUAUUUGGAGUGUGGAAUCAAGGGAAGAACUGACUGCAUGAUGCAUCUGCGGGCACUUGCCGGAUGGGCCCGAACUGGCUGUGCAUAACAAACAAGGCAUUCAUGGGGAAUACUUUCUUCCUUAUGUAGCCCUCUGGGCGCUGAGAUAGGUCUUCAAUUAAGUGUGUGUCUACAUUGUUUACUUAAUGCCACAUUUCCCGUUUUCUAAUUUCCCCCUGAAAUCUAGAUUUUCAGACUUAGGGUUUUCAAAGGGUACUUUUCCUUUUAAAGACUUCUUAUGUUUAAUGUAAACAUUUAUAACGUGGUAUUCUUUUCCUUAUAUGUGUAAGGGGAAAAUUAUGCUAUUUCAGUGUGAAAAUAGCUUUCAUUUUUUUUCUAGUGAAUAUUCUCGAACUUUUAAUGUAAAUGUACAGAUUGUUUUUUCAUAUUUUUAUAAGGAAGCAGUGAACUGUCUAAAAUGCAGUGAGGUUUGGUUUGCAGUAUUUUUUAA